GUUUUGGCAACAUAUCGAUAUAUCGACAUGCACCUGUCCCUAGCCGCGGGGUCCGGGGCAGGUGCCUCGAGACGCGGCGGCGCGCCAGUCUCCCGCGCCCGCCGCCGCGACCACACGUCGCGAUCAUCGACAAUCGAGAGAACACACGUGCGCGCAACCCUAUUCGUUUUAAUUUCUAAUUUUACUAAAAUAGAACAUUACAGUGCAGUGCUCGCGGAUUUUAAUCGACUAUUUUGUUGCAAGAUAACAAAUAUAAAAUCAUUGAGACGAGCAAGUGCAGUGCAGUGACACAAAGGAUUAUGUUCAGUGCCAAAACUAUUCUAGUGGCCAAGAACAGAAGGUGACAGUCGUGCGGCUCAUGUCAGUGUUGUUGUGAACAAUGAUUGUUUGGCGAACGAAGAACCCUAGUCGUCGGAAAAUAAGUGGCUGGUCCAAAAUGGCAUCAGAUGUUGCGUCUCAUAUACCGAGGACGACAUUUGUUUGGUUAAUUUUUACAUUGGUUAAUACACGGGUACGGGCGGGCGAGCUAUGGCCCGUCGACAGGCCAGACGGCAUGCCAGUCAUACAGUCGCUAGAAGUAAUGUGCGGGAAGGAUCAUAUGGACGUACACCUCACGUUCUCACAUCCUUUUGAAGGAAUCGUUUCGUCAAAAGGUCAGCACGGGGACCCUCGCUGUGUCUACGUACCGCCGUCGACAGGGCAAACUUACUUUUCCUUUAGGAUCGCAUACGCAAAGUGCGGAACAAAACCAGAUCUCCACGGUCAGUUCUACGAAAACACAGUAGUAGUCCAAUACGAUAAGGAUCUCCUGGAGGUGUGGGACGAAGCCAAGAGGCUGCGCUGCGAGUGGUUCAACGACUAUGAGAAGACCGCCUCCAAACCCCCCAUGGUCAUCGCCGAUUUGGAUGUUGUGCAGCUGGACUUCAGAGGAGAUAACGUGGACUGCUGGAUGGAGAUCCAAGCCGGCAAGGGCCCGUGGGCGCCGCCAGUGUCGGGCAUCGUACCUUUGGGGUCCACACUGACGCUUGUAGUCGCCAUCAACGACUACCGAGGUGAAUUCGAUAUGCGAGUGAAAUCGUGUGCAGCGUCUGAUGGCUCCGGACACAUUAUACAGCUUUCCGAUGAAUACGGCUGCGUUUUGCGUCCGAAGAUGAUAUCCAGAUUUUUAAAAGCUAAGGCAGCAGAUGAGCGAGCAACGGUGAUCACGUACGCUUUCUUCCACGCCUUCAAGUUCCCCGAUGCCUUAAGCGUGCAUAUUCGAUGCAAAGUGGAGAUCUGCAGGCACGGCUGCUUGGACCACUGUCAGCUAGCCGGUGUGGCCCCUCAGAGACACGGGGCUCUGGACAGGAAGGAUGAUCGGACUCAUCGCGACCACAAUGAAAUCAAUGAUUCAUCAGCUGAAGAAGUAGCAGAAUCGAGUAUAAUGGAAGAAAGUCGUUUACCACUAGAAGAAGCUUUCGGGGACGAGGUAUCGGGCGACGCGGUGCCAGCGCCGGCGCCGCUGCCGCAGCGCGCGCCCGCGCCCGUGGCCGAGGACUCUGACCACAUGUCCGCUGUCGAGGAGCUAGUCGAGGCCCUGGCUAGACCAUUCACUGAUCGUCCCAGCGAUCUGGACGAGCGCGAACGUUUCCCCCAUGGACCGCGGACCUUCGGCUCCGACAAGCCAGUCUCCGACGCAGUGGUGCCCGCCAAGCCUCCAGGGCCCGCCGUGGCCGGCCCCAGGUCUCUUCGCAAAAGGAGGACCGUUCGGGAGGGACGAUCCGCUGAUGUUGGCGUUUCGGGCAUAUACGAAGUGGUGUCAGAGGCUGACUUGGCGUUUGGUCCGACAAGAGAACCAGUCACCGUGUUUAGUGGCAGGAUUAGAGAAGAAGUGGUGUACGGCGUGUGCAUGGGCGCGGUGAGCUUCGGCGCGCUGUUCGCGUCGGCGGCGGGCGCGGCGGCGGGCGCAGCGCUGGCGGCGGCCGUGCUGCUGCAGCGCCUGCGCACGCGCGCCGCCGCCGCCGCCGCCACGCCGCGUCAGACCCACCCCGCAGCCGCCUCGCACUCGCUGGCCGCGUGGAUGGCGCUGCGGCUGCUCGGCGAGCCGCAACACCCGCACCGGUCGCGCGACGGCUGAUCUUCGAGAGACUGCCCUAUUUUUAUAUUCUGUGACCUUUUUAAUGACGGACGAUGAAUCUAAUAGACGUGCCCGGUCGAAUGUGAAUCGGUAGCGUCCGAUGGUCGGUUGCACCGAUCCGUCUGUCACCGUUAAAACGUUCGCAAAACUUUAUGGUAUGUGAAGUCAUGGUUCAUUGACGUUGACCAGUCCGUCAGUUGUGGCCGGUGCGACUUAAAUCUUCUAGAAUCGGUGUAGUGUUGCGAUUGCUAAACUACGACGAUUAGGUACCUUAGCAUCGAUUCGGCACCGGUGAUGUAAUUAUUCCGGCGCGACAAAUUUUUGUUUGACUUGGCACGUCUAUAAGUUGUAUCGAUUUGGAGUCGUCCAAAGCAAAAGAACGCCGGUAUAAUUAUAAUUCUUAUUCUAAUAGGGUAGUUGACAAUUUUUUUUAAUGGUAUCAGUCGAUUCGGUUUGUUUUGAGGAUCAAAUGUCUAAAGCAAUACAAAAGUCACAAACGAUUGCUGUACAAUAUUUUUUUUAAAUAAAAUGUAAGGAAUCGAAUGGUACCGUUAUUUUUUUCCUAUUUGAAAGUUUAAAAAAGAACAUAAUGUUUGUUAUUUUUUUACAAGUUGCUAGUAUAUUAAAGUAAUUUGGUUUUAAAUCACACCGCGUGCUUAAUGGUGCUAAGACGUGCUACGGACGCAGUCCUAUGAAACCUGAUUGUAUUCAUUUUUCACUGUUGUGAAUAUUUUACAUUUUAUACCAAUAAGUUUUGUACAGAGUUUGCCCUUUAUUAAUUUAUAAUCAUUUACGAAUACUAUAGCAUUAAGUGUAAGGAUAUUGUCCAGUCAUGCCAAUAGGUUAAGUUUAGCGUUUUAGAUAAGUAUUUAUAAAAGUAUCUUUGACAGGUACUUUUACAUAUGCACAAAACUACUCUUUCGAGAGGAAAAUAAUUAGGUACAUUUCACGUAUAUCAAACUUAAUUGUACCUACGAUCGUUUACUGUCGUGUAUACCUUAAUGUAUAUUUUCUACGCUAUUUCAUGCAUUUUUCUUAUUAACAAAUCAAGGUCCAACGGGUUCUUGAGUAUGUCAGGCGUAUUCUGAUUUCCUUUGACAAACUAUAGAUCUGGACUAGUUAUGGAUCUGAUCUGUCAGUGUCAAAAGUGACGUUUUUGGUUGAAGAAUAUGCCUGUAUAUUUUAAAUAAAACGUGGCCCUGACUUGAAAAUUACAGCUUUUUACAUUUACAUUCUAACAGAAUAUUCUCACGACGUCCUCGCAUAACCUGAAAAUUGUGACUAUGCUUCUAUGUUGUUAGAAUAUUUAAGAACACUUAAAUACCCCUUAAUAAGUUAUUUAAAAAAUAUAUUUUUAAAUGCGUAGAUAUAAUAAUAUAUACCUAUGCUUAUAAUUUGGCCAUCCAUUUUCAAAAGUGAAAAACGUAAGCUCUCUCUUCGCGUCUUUUUUAUUAGUGAGAAUGUGGUUGGCCAUCUAUAAGUGAUGAAUAUUUUCUAAUAGACAACUGUACUGUAUAGUAAUACCAUCGCCCACACUGUUAACUGUACAGGGAGGUUCGAACCUCACUGUACAUCGGUGGAUCUUUUGUAAGAAGGUUCACCGAUGCACAGUUAGUACACAUGUUAUAGGUAGUUAAAACACCAAUGAAUGUUGCAUACUAAGUAAAUAUUUUAUUAUUUAGUGGUUGGUUUUAAAUCAAAGGAUUACGAUUUAUAAUAAUGAUUCAAAAGAAUCGUAAAUUAUCUUGCUCAAUAUUAUUAAUUUAUAUAUUAUAUUUUAUCAACGUGAAUAAUACGUAAACAUGAAGCUAAGAGUAGAUUUAAUAUUUAGUCAGUUAAUAAAUAACGUAUUUAAAGUGAACUUAGCAGGUUUGUUAAUGAAAUACGAUUACAAAUUAGCGUUGGGAGAACAAACCGACAUUCAAAAGGUAAACCGAUUAUUUAAAUGGCGCAAACGUUAAUGAAACAUACCUAACAGACUAAGGGCCAAAAUAAAUAACGGCAUAUUAUCUCAUGUUACAAUACUUAACUUUUAAUAAUGCUGACUAACGAAAAUUUAUAAAGUAUGUGGACAUCACGAUAGUAGAAAUUUUCUUGUCUCACAUUUUUAUUUUUCCAGCUGAAUACCAAACAUACCUACAUUUUAUAUAUAACAAGAAGUAAUGUAACAGAGAUAGUCAUCUACUAGUACCUACCUACUUAUUCACGAUGUAUAAACAAAAAUAUGCCGCUGUUCUCCCAGCUAUGUACGUAUCUGCCACCCAAAAAAAUGCAUUUAUACUUACCUACUUAUUAUAAACUUAAGUUACGUAGCGUUUUAUGAGAAAGUCAUUUCUCUAAGUGCAAUUUAUUUAUAUACCCAUUUAAUUUACAAUUUUGUAUAUUAAAAUAUUCUCUACCUAUAAGUUUUUCUGUUAUGGGUUUGUGUUUCUGUUUCUUUUUUUAUAUUUAUAUUGUAUUUGGAUCGUUCUUAACGAAUAUUUCGUUAUGUCUUUCCAGAAGUGUGUUCAGUGCGUAAAAAAUGUUAAUAAAUUCGUUUAAUGGAAUAAAAUGUGUUAAAACGAU